UAUUUUGAUUUCAUCGUUUAAAUGCGUUGCUUCAGUUAACCGCUGCUUAUUUGAAAUGGGAUGCUUUAGAAACAGUAGAGAAGAUCAACCGUCGGUGAUUUGUAUACCUAUUUGCUUAAAGGCUGCAUAAAUUGAUGAAUACCUUUAAAAAUUACUAGUGUAAUUUUAUUUAAAACCAUGGGGCGUGCACCCUCUCUUUAGUCUUUACUGCUCAUAGAUUGGACCGGUCGUGUAUCUCAAACCGACGUUUGGUUCGCAGAUUAGAGUCAUGUGAAUCGAGAUACCAUUACAAAGAAAGUUGGUUCCACCCUAAAAUCAAUUGGCAACAUGAGUAGUCUAACUUUUAUAAGCCUUGAAAGUUUCUCUUUUCACCGAUAUGUGACUCUUUUACCUUCACUUCUCACACACCCCAUUACAUGCAACAAAAUUUUCAAGCCAAACACGUAGGCAACAUGAAUUGGGUGAGGUGUGGCCGUUAGACUUCACAUAUAGGCCAACUUGCUCUUACCAAUAUAAUGCAUUUACUGGAAGAGUAUUACUGGAAAACUUACAUAUUUUGGUUCACAUGACAAUGUAAACCAAACAUGGGAACGGAAGAAAACGGUAUUUCAUGGCCCUAUUUCCCAGCAUUUCCAAACACAGGACAGGAAGCUUCAUUCCCACCAAGAUUCCUGAGUUGAGAAUGAGUGGAAAAGAAGGCCACGCAAUUGGAAUCGAUCUGGGGACAACGUAUUCUUGUGUAGCAGUGUGGCGAUAUGAUCAUAUUGAAAUUAUAGUGAAUGGUCAGGGCAACAGAACAACUCCGUCUUAUGUUGCUUUCACUGAUACUGAAAGGUUAAUCGGUGAUGCAGCAUAUAACCAGGUCAUUAGAAACCCCUCAAACUCAAUCUUUGAUGCAAAGCGAUUAAUUGGAAGGAGAUUUGCUGACGCUUCUGUUCAAAAUGAUUUGAAGCUCUGGCCAUUCAAGGUCACUGAAGGUCCUGAUCACAAGCCCAUGGUUGUGGUUACCCACAAGGGUCAAGAGAAACAGUUUGCUGCUGAAGAAAUCUCAUCUAUGGUUCUCACAAAGAUGCGGGAGAUUGCUGAGGCCUACCUCGGCUCGGGUGUGAAGAAAGCAGUUAUUACUGUCCCUGCUUACUUUACUGACUCACAACGUCAGGCUACAAAAUGUGCUGGUGUCACUGCUGGCUUAGAGGUGAUGCGAAUCAUCAAUGAACCAACUGCAGCCGCCAUUGCUUAUGGAAUUGACAAUAAGGCUGGUUGGUAUAGCAAGAGAAAUGUUAUGAUAUUUGACUUGGGUGGUGGUACUUUAGAUGUGUCACUGCUUACCAUAAGUUCUGGUGACUUUGAAGUAAAGGCGACAGCUGGAAAUACUCACCUUGGUGGUGAAGAUUUUGAUAACAAUAUGGUGAAUCACUGUGUCGAGAAGUUUAAGAAGAAGCAUAGUUUGGACGUCAGUGGAAACCCUAGAGCUCUUAGGAGGUUAAAAAAUGAAUGUGAGAAGGCGAAGAGGAGACUUUCGUUUACGUCUGCGACAGAUAUUGAAAUUGACUGUUUGUAUCAGGGUGUGGAUUUUUAUACAACUUUUACCCGUGCAAAAUUUGAACAAUUAAACAUGGAUUUCUUCAACAAGUGCAUGGAGCCUGUGGAGAAAUGUUUGGAGGAUGCCAAAAUGGACACAAGCGAUGUCGAUGAUGUUGUUCUAGUUGGCGGCUCCUCUAGAAUUCCCAAGGUACAGGAGCUAUUACACAACGUGUUCAUCGGCAAGGAGCUGUCCAAUGGCAUUAAUCCGGAUGAGGCUGUGGCAUAUGGUGCUGCUGUUCAAGCUGCUGUCUUGAAUGGUAAUCAAAGUUUGAAGCUUCAAGACUUCACUCUCUUCGAUGUCAUUCCUAUGUCACUUGGGACAGAGUAUGGUGACGAACAGCUCAUGCAUGUUAUGAUCCCAAGAAACACCAAAAUUCCCACCAAGAAGAACCAUACUUUUGUAACUGGUUACGACAACCAAAGUUCUGUCCCCUGUGGAGUUUACGAGGGUGAGAAUGAGCUAACCAAAGAUAAUAAUUAUUUGGGUGGAUUUUACAUCGGUGACAUUCCUCCAGCUCCUAAGGGUGUUUCUGAAGUAGAUGUUUGCUUUUCUAUUGAUGAAAAUGGAAUCCUGAAUGUUUCUGCUGAGGUCGUGUCCACCGGCCAGAAGAAAGAGAUUGCAAUCAAAAGAUGAACUUUGGGAAUUUACAGGAUGAAGUAAUGACAUAUGAUUGUAGCAUACCGAAGUUGAAAAUACAUACUUCGGUUGUGAAAUCAAUUUGCUAGUGGUUUACUUGUAGUUUUUCGUCAUUUGGUUUAGUCAUUCCAUGUUUGUUAAGAA